UAGAUCCCCUUUCCCUAAAAUCUUUUUUUAUAUAAAGUUUCUUUCUAGUUUAAUAACAAAAUUUCAAUGCUAUAAAACCAUCAUUUAACAUCAAAUUAAGUUGAACUCCUAACUCUUUUAAACUCUCACUCUCUCUCUCACUCAUCUCUCUCUCUAUAUAUGUGUGUGUAUAUAUAGAAUCAUAAGAAGAAACACAUACAAUAUUUGAAAGAAGCUUCAGUUAUCAUGGCUUUGAUGAUAGAUAACUCAUGUGAAGGGAUAUUAUUAUCACUAGACUCUCACAAAUCAAUGCCUGCUCCUUUCCUCACCAAAACCUACCAACUGGUGGAUGAUUCCACCACUGAUCACAUUGUUUCAUGGGGCGAAGACGACACAACAUUCGUCGUAUGGCGACCGCCCGAAUUCGCUCGUGAUCUACUUCCAAAUUACUUCAAACACAACAACUUCUCGUCCUUUGUCCGCCAACUAAACACCUAUGGUUUUAGAAAAAUUGUACCGGACAGAUGGGAGUUUGCGAAUGAAUUCUUCAAAAAAGGAGAAAAACAUUUGUUGUGUGAGAUCCACCGCCGGAAAACAUCACAACAACCGCACGUCGGACUAAACCACAACCACUUCACCGGCAUUAGCGGUGGCGGCGGCGGAGGAAACGGUUUCUUUUCUUACCCAUCUACACGUGACAGCAUAUCUCCACCAAACUCCGACGACCACCUAUGUUGCGACUCUCCACCACCUCUCUCAUCACCAACAACCACCACAGGAGCUGGUAGUAUCCUCGGAAUCUUAUUAAACAACAACAGCAGUACAUGUUUUAGUAGUAAUAACCGAACGAACUCAGUGACUGAGUUGUCUAAAGAUAACGAGAGGCUUCGGAGGAGCAAUAAUAUGUUGAUGUCGGAGUUAGCACACAUGAGGAAGCUUUACAAUGAUGUUAUUUACUUUGUACAAAACCAUGUGAAGCCAGUGACACCAAGUAACUCUUACCCUUCAUCUCUUGUUCCAUUAUUGGUGGAAAACAAGCAGCAGAAGACAUCUUUGUUCAAUGCUGGUAGUAACACAAAUGCGACUGUUGUCUACUCUAGUCAACCUCAGCAGCUGAAGUUUCAUGAGUCUACAAGAGAUCUUGAGACUAGAACAAAGCUUUUUGGAGUUCCAUUGUUGUCAAAGAAAAGACUGCACCCAGAUUAUGGGAGUGGUAAUACAGUGGUGGAACUAGAGACUCAUAAGGCAAGGUUGAUUCUGGAAAAAGAUGAUUUAGGGUUGAAACUCAUGCCCCCUUCUCCAUGUUGAAUCUUUUUUUUCUUUUUUAUUUUUUUUUUAUUUUUCUAACUUUUAUAUUGUUGGUUAGAUUAUGUUACUUAAUUACUAAUUAAAACCAGUUUUUUUUUUUUUUUUUUUAAUUUUUGUGGUGUUGAAUAUCUUGAUAAUAUUAUGCAGUUGGCACAAAAGUAAUUGGGGGAGGUUAUUGAUCUGAUCUCUACCCUUAUUUAGCAUAUCUUUCUGGGUGAUAUCUGAAUGUUUCAGUUCAGUA